AUGGGGGACCCGCUGCAGCUCGACUCAGUUCUGCCUUCUGCUGCCAGCGAACAUCGAAGCCGUCGUGGUCCUGUUGUUGAGUCUGCAGUGGAGGUCCUCCAACCUCCUUCCACAGGCAAGUACCUUCAAUAUGCAAACCUCUCCGUACCUGAUCGCCAUUCCGUUUCCAGUUUGUAUUCUUCGGCGGGCAUUAUCGCUCGUAGAAAGUCAUCGUCGUGUCCAACGCACAUCACAUCGCCGACGCACUAUUCCUCAAGCAUACCGCCACCUGACCCGGGACGCACGACACUAAGCAGUACGGAAGCCCCGGAUCCACUUAGCUCAGUCGCGGCUUUUGCUGUCGACGAUAACAUGCCGCUGUCUACUCGUUCCUGCCAUCCAAGUCGUCCCGGCCCUGAGUCUAGUGCUGGAGAUGGGGUCUUCCAAUCUGCCAACCAAGGCAUGUAUAACAUCCAUCGCAGCAAUUCUCGUCCUGAAGAUUCUUCGAUUCGUAGGUCCUCGCCCCGUGAUGCUAAUGUGGCAGCUGCUUCCUCUAACGUCGUUUGGUAUUACCAAAAUGUUGGUGGUAUCAACAGCUCUAUCGCCGAGUAUCAGCUGGCUCUUAGUGACGGGAGCUACGAUGUCUACGCCCUCACCGAAACAUGGCUGAACGAUGAUACCAUCUCUAAUCAGCUGUUCGACGACUCUUUCGUCGUAUACCGACAGAACCGAUCGCCGUCAAAUAGCAACGAGAGCAUCGGGGGCGGUGUCUUACUGGCGGUGCGCUCUGGGUUCAGGUCCCGAUUGAUCAACCCUCCGAAUUGCUCGUCGGUUGAACAGCUGUGGGUCGCAAUUUCUACUGUCGACGCAGAAAUGUAUGUUUGUCUAGUGUACAUUCCCCCCGAUCGAGUGAAUGACAUAUCUUUGAUAAAGAGUCACAUCGAUUCACUCAACUGGGUUGUUUCGCAAAUGGCUCCUAGGGAUAAUGUGGCCAUCCUCGGUGAUUUCAACAUGAGCACGAUUUCCUGGCAGCGAAAUCCCCUUGGGGCUUUCUUUCCAUGUUCUUCUCGAUCUUCUCUUGGUGAACCUUCACGCGAGCUGCUUGAUGCAUAUUGCACCGCUGGGCUCAGACAGAUGGUCGGAGUAGAAAACGAGAAUAAUCGGUCACUUGAUUUAUGCUUUGUGAGUAACGAGUUGAUCGUUGACUGCAUGGUCACGCAAGCUCCUGCACCGCUCGUCAAAAUCGGAAGCCAUCACCUCCCACUGUUGAUUAAUUUGGAAACAAAACCAUAUCGUUGCUUCCAUGAUACUUCUGAAAGCGUCAUGUAUGAUUUCAGCCGAGCAAACUUCGACGAAAUGGAUGGUUUCCUUGCUCAUGUGGAUUGGAGCGGAAUUUUGAGUAAUUCGGACGCAAACCUCGCUGCUAGCACCUUGUCCAGUGUUUUGCUAUAUGCUAUUGACCAGUUCGUUCCCAAAAAACUUAAACGUGAGCCGGUAAAACCCGCUUGGUCAAAUGCUGACCUCAAAAACCUGAAAAGAAUGAAGCAGGCAGCCCUGAGACGUCACAGCAAAUUUCGCACGGAUUCUACAAGAUCAUGUUACCUAGAAGCAAAUACGACUUAUAAGCAACUUAACGAUCGCCUCUACAAUGCUCACCUAGACCGCCUACAAAGCAACCUCAAAUCGAAUCCCAAGAGUUUUUGGCGACACGUGAACGAUCAACGGAAGGAAACUGGAUUACCCUCUACGAUGACUAAUGGAUUACUUGAAGCUGAUACUACCGGCACAAUUGCCGAUUUGUUUCGCUCUCAAUUCAGUAGUGUCUUCGUUGAUGAACACCUUGACCUGCAGGACAUAAACAACGCCACCCGGAACGUCCCAAGCCUUCCUUCAGUCGCACUGCGUUUUGAUUUCACUAAUGAUACGGUCAUUGCUGCUGGUAAAGAGCUUAAAUCAUCCACAGAAUGCGGUCCGGAUGGUAUUCCUCCGCUAGUCAUCAAACGUUGUAUGAACUCGCUUGCUACUCCAAUGUCCUGCGUGUUCAAUCUUUCCAUGUCAACUGGCGUUUUUCCGGAUUUCUGGAAGCAGUCAUAUGUUUUUCCCGAUUUUAAGAAAGGUUGCAAGAGGACCGUUUCAAACUACCGGGGAAUAGCUUCCUUGAGUGCCAUCUCUAAGCUCAUGGAGAAAAUAGUUCUACAGCAGUUGGUACAGCGUUUUUCUCAUCAUGUUUCGCUGGACCAGCACAGAUUCAUGUCCAAACGCUCAACGACCACAAACCUGACGUGUUUUACUUCGCAUUUGAUACGACAGAUAGAAAAUGGUCAUCAAGUGGACGCAAUCUACACGGAUCUUUCCGCCGCUUUUGACAAAAUGAACCACCAAAUCGCACUCGCCAAAUUCGAGAAAUUGGGAAUCAUGUUUCUUCCCCGUUUCCAGUAUCAUCCGGCGUAUCGCAAGGCAGUCACCUCGGUCCAUUUCUGUCUCUGCUGUAUAUGA